AUUCUCACGGCCAUGUGUGCCUAUUCCUUCUCCUCCCAACCCAACCCCCUUCUCUCCCUGUUCUAGAAAAAAAAAACUCUCUCCCCGUCUUCUCGACUCAAGUCGCAAAGCCUUCCCCUCCCCUGGAUUCAUCGACCCCACGCGCGCGCCUCCCAACCUUAUACGCCAGAUCGGCUCCCACCACCGCACGCGCAGAAUCCGUUUGGGGUUUCGACGCCGGCGCGGCAGCUAGCAGCCGGUCCCAGGGCGUCCGUCCCCCUGCUCCCCCGCGGGCACCAGCAAGGCGAGUCUUGUUUCGACAUAAUGCAAGACCCUAGAGGUAUGGGACGAGAGGAUUUCUCGGCCUCGAAGUCACAGAAGAGGAAGGUUGUGUACCGGCCUUUGCCUUCAGUCCAGAUAAAAACUGAACCUGAACUGCUGCGGAGAGACAUUCCACAUUCGUUGGCCAAUACACAGAAGCCACCUAAGAGAAGCUUCAGGAGUGAGCCCCGCCCUCCCACGCCGCAGUCUGACAGAGGAACUCCGGACUCUCUACCAGAUUCUGGUCCUGCGGAUGAAUAUCGGGCGCUACGGAGGAAGUACAUGAUGCUGGAGGAAGAGAACUACACGCUGGAUGCACAAUUAGGCAUGGCAGAAGAGGAAGCCAAAACUCUCGAGGAUGAGAAGUUUGCAUUGCUGGAUCAGCUUGUUGUCUUGGAAGGUCUUGUGGAGGAGCCUUCACAGCUGCAGCCACAGCGAAGGCUAUAAGCAAGCCAUCUAUGUGUGACCCUUCGCUUUUUCUAGUGUAAUCCUGCAUCUAGUAUUGUUAAGUGUGAUUACCCUCAAGAUGUAGCCAUUGUAGUGGAAAGAAAAAAAAACCUAUGACAUCAGGUUUAAGAACUAUGGAAUUCAUGAAUGAUGCAACUGAUCUAGAUAAUUUAUCUAUGUUUACUCCCUUCAUCCUGUGAUAUAAGAUGUUAUUACAAUCAAUAUGUGAGUAUAUCGGUUGUAAUAACAUCCUAUAUUGUGAGACUGAGGGAGUAGUAUAUUGUUGA